AUGGCGAUAUUCACCAUCAUUCUGCUUGUCAGCACAGCUUUUGCUCUGGGAGAUGCUACGAUACGACCCAAGACCCCUUGUGAGCGUGCUAGAGAUGCCGCGCUAAAUGGCCCAAUUGGAGCCUUCAUACCCACGUGUGACGCCGCUGGACAAUACACCCCUGAGCAAUGUUCAGGCUCUACAGGUUACUGUUGGUGUGUGAACAGUUCUGGACAGAAGAUCCCGGGUACUGAGACUCCACCAGGCACUCCUAGAAUCAACUGUAUCACCCAGAAUGCUACGAUACGACCCAAGACCCCUUGUGAGCGUGCUAGAGAUGCCGCGCUAAAUGGCCCAAUUGGAGCCUUCAUCCCCACGUGUGACGCCGCUGGACAAUACACCUCUGUUCAAUGUUGGGGCUCUACAGGUUCCUGUUGGUGUGUGAACAGUUCUGGACAGAAGAUCCCGGGUACUGAGACUCCUCCAGGCACUCCUAGAAUCAACUGUAUCACCCAGAAUGCUACGAUACGACCCAAGACCCCUUGUGAGCGUGCUAGAGAUGCCGCGCUAAAUGGCCCAAUUGGAGCCUUCAUCCCCACGUGUGACGCCGCUGGACAAUACACCUCUGUUCAAUGUUGGGGCUCUACAGGUUCCUGUUGGUGUGUGAACAGUUCUGGACAGAAGAUCCCGGGUACUGAGACUCCUCCAGGCACUCCUAGAAUCAACUGUAUCACCCAGAAUGCUACGAUACGACCCAAGACCCCUUGUGAGCGUGCUAGAGAUGCCGCGCUAAAUGGCCCAAUUGGAGCCUUCAUCCCCACGUGUGACGCCGCUGGACAAUACACCUCUGUUCAAUGUUGGGGCUCUACAGGUUCCUGUUGGUGUGUGAACAGUUCUGGACAGAAGAUCCCGGGUACUGAGACUCCUCCAGGCACUCCUAGAAUCAACUGUAUCACCCAGAAUGCUACGAUACGACCCAAGACCCCUUGUGAGCGUGCUAGAGAUGCCGCGCUAAAUGGCCCAAUUGGAGCCUUCAUCCCCACGUGUGACGCCGCUGGACAAUACACCUCUGUUCAAUGUUCAGGCUCUACAGGUUAA